AAACAAUAGGUAGCUCUAGUUCGCUAGUUAAAUGAAAAUAUAUUAUAUGAAACAAAUAAAGUAUUCCAUUGUGAUCAUGUAUUAAUAUUGGUGUAUGCAGCAAGAAUGGUUUAAAGCUUUGUUUAACAAGGAUCUAAAUUGCAUAAGUAGGACAAAUGGGUAGUUUGCAGGAGCUGGCACAUGGUUUAGUACAAUGGACUUUCGGAACGACUAUCCUAACAGCCUUGACGGCUUCAGAGUUUUCCGGAACGGAAGCGGUCAUUGCGAUCAUCGUUUCAGGCCUAACUUCCACUUUGACAGCAUUAUCUGGUUGGGCUCUGAGCACCGAACAAACCUACAACAAAAAGAAGUUUUCCAGUAUUUUCUACUUCUUUAUAAUUUGGUUUGAGAUUUUGACCAGCCUGGCAGCGGCUGCAACCUGCUCUAGGUUGGCCAGCGCCACCGUGGAUUACAUUAGUAGAGGGCAUUUUCGGGAACUCCUUUUUGGAAUCGAAUCCCACUCUUUGGGAGAGCCUUGGCCCGAUGUAUUGGGUGUCACAAUUAUUGUGGUGGUCACCAUUUUGUUUAUGAUGGGUUUAGAAAAAUCCUCAACAAUUUCAUUACUCCUUUUCGCUACAGUUAUAAGCACAUUUGUGUUCUUUAUAUCUUGUGGAAGUUUCCACACUAUUUUACAUUUUUCUAAAUGGUACGAAAGUUUUAAAGUUCACUCCAUUAAAGGGGUCCUUACAGCUACUGCAGUAAUAUCAUACUCUUUCAUCAAUAAUAUACCUAAGCUAGAUAAGAAUCAAAUAUCAAACUUAUUUUUAAUAACAAUAAACUCAGUAAUAUUUUAUAUCAUAAUAGCGAUAUUUUAUACGUUUAUGAGUAAUUAUAAGGAAUUAUCUGGCACUGCAAUACCAUUAGUAAAAAUCUUUGAAGCCAGAGAUGUUGAUUGGGCUAGAGCGGUUAUGGCAGUCCUUACCAUUGGCACAGUGUGUCUGGUGCUAACCGAAAUUUUACCAACAACAUUUUCAUCCUUCGUAAAGUUAGCGAAUAGAGAAUGGCAAAUAUUUGUGUCAUCAUUGCAAUAUCAAAGCACUUUGACUGGAGCUCCAGUAUUAGCAAUAUUUGCAGCAGGUAGUUUAGCAGCAAUACUGGCUUUUGCCUGCCCUUUAUGGCAUUUAGUAAAACUUCUAAAUGCAGCCAAUUUUGUCAAAUGUAUUUUUAACUCAGUUCAGCUAAUCUAUAAUAGAUACAAGCCUGAGAUAAAUAAUGAUCAGCUUGUGUAUCACACAAACGUUCAUUACAAAAAAUUAAACCAAAAUCCAUCCAAAAUAAUAAGGCCUUGUUGCUUAAGCGAUAAAUUAAAGUCCAUGUUCGGCAUAUCACAAAAGAAAUACAUAUCGAAAAUUAGCGUCCCGAAAAGUGGUACAUUUUUGCUUAAAAAUUUUACCGGUGAACAGGAAAGUUUGCUAUUGGAUGAUUAUAGCAAUGUUUCCACCACAUUGGCUGAUGAUGACCAAUCAGAAAAUGAGGAAAACAAUUUAGAAUCUGGAACUGAUGGGGAAGAAUCUACCGAUUCUACUGAUGUGGAUGUGGUGGUCCAAGAAUAUAAAGAUAAACUUAAAGUGACAACAAUAACAAAAUUCAAUGAAAAGCUACCAUCAACAGUUUUAACAUUCUCCAUAGUAAUAGUGUGUUUUAUAAUAGUCAUAAUGGGGUCUAUUGGAUUAAGUCUGAUUCUUUUUAAAUAUACGUUUUUCUUGUGGCCUAGUUUUAUAGGAAUUUUAAUAUCCUACCUAAUAAUUAUUGUGAUGCCUCAAAACCCGGCCGAAAAAACAAACGAGUCAACAUUGCUGUCGUGCGUCCUUUCUACUAAUAUCCUGGUUUCUAUGACAAUAAAUAUAAUUUUAUUAUCAACCAUCAUAUCAGAUGUUUGGCAAGGAAUAAUCUUUUGGCUUAUAGCAGGUCUACUUCUUUUCUGGAGAUGCGAUUGUUGCACAUGCGACGGUUUAAUAUCGAACAAAUCAAAUAGCAAAGUGCACUGCGCACAUGUUCCUGAAGAAAUUAUUUACGAAUACAAAGAAAUGCAUCCAGAUACUUUUUACGUGGCCAGAUGACACAACGAGUACCUCGAUGACGAUACUCUUUUGUCCGAUUCCGAGGAAGAAUUAUACUCAACAUAAACUAUACUUUAUAAAGUAAUAUUGCGAGAUAUUAUAAAAAAGUACUUAGUAGUUUACUAUACACCUAAAAUAUAGUGGAUAGUAAUCUGGUGAAAAGGCUUUUACUGCGUAACUGAUUCGAACUAUACGGGUUGACUAAUAUAUGUUUAAUAUUUGGAAGGAUAUUUUUUUAAAAAUAAGGAUUUUUAUAAGAAUUUUUUAUUUUAAUAUACAGGGUGUCCCGAAAUCACCGCACCAUAAGGUUGCAAAAAAUAAGAGGAAAAUUUCUUUUACCAUUUUUUCGAAUUCAAAAAAUUGCAGGAGUUAUAUUUUUUGUAUUUGCAAAAGACGCUGAUAUUCUAUCAUUGGGAAAAAGUAAACAAAAACAAAUUUAGUGCGUUUUAUCGCAACACUUGUG